CUGGAGCCUUUCCCUUUGAUUAAACAAGCAUGGCAAGUCACGGCGUUGCACGAGUAUCAGGCACCAAUCCCGCUAUACGCUCGGAGGAGUUGCGCCAGAAGGAACUCGAGCAAAUCGCCGCUUACAAUAAUCUCGUAGAUUUAGUGAACUUCAAGGUUGCUGAUAGACAAUACACGGUCGAGGUACUGGACCUUACUACGAGGCUUUUGAAUGAGAACCCUGAAUAUUACACAAUAUGGAACCAUCGCCGCCGUAUCUUGCUCGACCUGCUCCUCAUUCCAUCCUCAGAUGACCGUCCCUCUACAACCCUCUACCGUCGCGGCGAAGAACUUAUUCACGACGACUUGCAGCUCACUUUCGCCCUGCUACGUAAAUUUCCCAAAUGCUACUGGAUAUGGAACCAUAGAAUUUGGAUUCUGCAAAAGGGGGAGUUAUCGUUUAAUAGUGCGUCGGCCCGCAAAUUGUGGCUUGGAGAGCUCCAGUUAGUAGGCAAGAUGCUUCACUUGGAUAGCCGCAACUUUCAUGCAUGGACUUACCGGCGUUUUGUGGUGGCUCAAUUAGAACGCAUGCAAGCUUCUGUGACCGAUACCUCUCUCGAAUCCGUACAUUCUACGCAGAGUCUAACGGAAUCGGAGUUCGCAUACACCACAAAGAUGAUCAAAACAAAUCUGUCCAACUUCUCCGCCUGGCAUAAUAGGAGCAAACUCAUCCCCAUGCUUCUAGAUGAACGUAGCGCGGACAGUGCCGCAAGGAGAGAAUUGCUGGGCGAUGAGUUGGCGUUGAUUUGCACGGCGAUAAACACAGAUCCCUUCGAUCAGUCUAUUUGGUUUUAUCACCAAUUCCUGAUGAGCACUCUGUCACCGAAGUGCGCUUCGCAGAACAUGAUCGUGCGGGAUCUAUCUAACCAAGAUAGACAGAGGUACUAUGCACAUGAAAUGGAAUACAUUCAAGACAUUCUCGAGGACGAAACUGAAUGUAAAUGGAUCUAUGAAGCUCUGCUUCACUGUGCUAGUUGCUACCUUGAGAUCGAAGGUAGUACACAGGCUUUCACGGUGCUAGACAUGCGAGGAUGGCUGCGGGAGCUGAAGAGACUGGAUCCUCUGCGUAGAGGUCGGUGGGACGACCUUGGACGGAGUCUAGAUAUUUCAUGAUAAUAUCGAUUUGCUAUGACGAUCGAUCCGUUGGUGAUUUUGGUUGCAGGUCAUUCUUUCCUUGAUGGCUUGGGGUCGGAACCAUCUUGAUUCCGUUUCCAUGCCCACAGACCGAGCAUCGAUGAUAAUCUUGAUGACGCUACCCCCGAAGUGCGGUCGGCUGAAUCUUCUGGUUGAGCUUGGGGUAUGGUGGGAAUACCGUCAUUCAU